UUCCGGCGCGCCACUUGAUGGGAAACGGUAGGCCGCCAUGCCCGCGGGUGUGCCCUGGUCCACUUACCUGAAGACGCUGGCUGCCAGCAUGCUGGCCAUGUUCGCAGGAGCCGAGGUGGUGCACCGGUACUACCGGCCUGACCUCAGUAUACCUGAAAUACCUCCUAAGCCUGGAGAGCUGAGAACAGAGCUGCUGGGUCUGAAAGCAAGGUCAAAACAAGCUGAAACAUCGCAGCAUUGACUGCAGUUUGCUUUUUGUGUUUUGAGAACUACUUAGGUUGCUCCUAAAGUAAUGCUUAUUUAUUUCCAUGGAAACAAUAACCGAUAUAAAAAGCACUAUAAGAGUAUGUGAGCAAAUUCCAAGCUACAAAAAUGUCUCUCCACGUAGUUGCCACCAUUAGUCAAUUUGUGUGCAUGAACGGAUGGAGGCACUCUUCAUUUCAUGGUGUAACAGUUGCGCGUGGCCAUUGGGAAUGCAGCUUGUCGUUCAUGUUGCCAUUGCUACUGCUGAAACACAGCACCCACUGCCUCACUGUGCUGACAUCCACUGGUUGGUCUCCAUAACAAGCGUUAAUGAAUGUCACUGAGUGCAUUUUUUUUUCCACCUGGAGGAAUUCAGUGAUGCACCUUUGCUUCAUUCAUAAUUCCACAUCAGAUGCCAUUACCAGAUUGUCCCUCUGCUGUCCUCUGUUACACGGCAACGAAAUGUAACAAGAACACUGACGAGAAGGUUCAACCUCUACUGCUAUACCACCAACAUCCCCCUCUGACAUCAUGGACCAACAUAAUAGCACAGGAGGCAUUACUUUUGGAGCAGCUCGUAUAGGACAGCUAGAACAUUUGGUCAGUUCUCUCAACUGCAGAAGUCCAUACGUGAAAUAAUGAAGCUUUUCUUCUUUCUUGAAAGCAGAACUAUAUGAAGUAUAUGCUAAAAACAAACAAAUACUGUAAAAAGUGUAAUAUGUUGUAUACCAAAGUAUGUAUGAUUAAUUUUGAUUUGCAGUGUAAAUAUUCUUCGGAAUAAAAAAAUGUGAACUUGUGCUUGGCCAAUUCUACAGGAGUUUGAAGCUUUUAAGCUGAUGUCUUGAUUUCAGCUGGGAUAAUCUUCCUGCUAGCUACUAUGGUGCUGUGUUUUGGACUUAAGAUGAGAAUAAUGCUGGUAACAGUUGCUGAGUAGUGUUUAUUGCACCAGGUCCAGGACAUUUUGGCUUUUCCUGCUGCACUGCCAGCAAGAGGCUGGGAGUGCAUGAGAGGACAUGGCCAGAACAGCUGCCCCAACUGGCCAAAGUGUUAGUGUUCAGUUUCUCAGGAAGGUGUUACACAUGCUCGGUCUUGCUCUGAUGGAAGUGGCUGAAUAGUUCACUGCAAAUGAAGCCCUUAUUUUGCUUUCAUACACAACUUUAGCUAGUAAAUGCUUUUACAUCAA